AUUUUAUUUAUACGAAGCUUUCUCUUCCUCCUUUCGCCGUUUCCACUAAGCAAGAAGAAACGAUUCUGAUUGAAUUUUCCGAACAGUGAGGAGGAUGGCAGGUCCAAACCCCCCAAAAUCCUCCUCCUCCUCCUCCUCCGCGGCGGCUAUCGCCGCUUCUUCUCACUCCUACCGCAAAUCCCGCUGGGAAUCUUCCUCCAACGCCGGCAAAAAUCAAUCCACUGACGCUAAAUCGACCACCAAACCGAAUCCGUCCCCCAAGCCUGGCCCUUCACCAAGCCAGGCGCAGAACAAGUCCCAAUCCGAUGCCAAGCCGACACCGCCUUCUGGUUCCGGGUUAAACUUCCCGGACCCAGCUACCCUGCUGGGUCCUCCUCCGCCGCCGUCUUAUGGCUUCCAUAUGCUGGAGCGCCGUACCAUCAUCCUUUACGACGGCAGCGUCCGUUCCUACUUCGCUCUCCCGCCUGAAUACCAGGACUUCCCUUCGCGACCUUUUGAUCUUGGUCACCGCUUACAUGGACCUCCCGAUUUUAGUAGCCCGCCUUUAGGGUUUCGCGAUAAUAGAGAUUUCAGAAAUCCGUCGGGACUUGAUGGACCCGGCUCGAUCAAGCGGAAAUACGAAGAAGAGAGGGAUCCCAGAGAUGCGAAGAAGGAAGAAUUGGGAAGGCAAAGAUUCACGCAGUAUACCAACCCAAACGGGUACCCAUUGGGGCCUGGCAGGCCCGACUUUAUCGCCGGAACCAGCGGUCCAUUCAUAAACGAGGAAAUGAGGCCGGCGAAGUAUAUGAGGGGCGAUGGGGGAUACGAACACGCUGGCGGUUUUAACAAGCAGUUAAAUGUUGACCAAACAGCACUAAAGAAGGCGUUUUUGUUCUUCUCCAAGGUGAUAUACGAGAAUCCCAUGCAGAAAAAGAAUUACUUGGAGGAUGGAAAGCACGACAGACUCCAGUGCGUGGCUUGUGGCAGGUCUUCUAAAGACUUCUCUGAUAUGCAUGCUCUGAUUAUGCACACAUACAACUCAGAUAAUGCUGCCCUGCGUGUGGAUCACUUAGGCUUACACAAAGCCCUUUGUGUAUUAAUGGGAUGGAACUUCUCAAAGCCUCCUGAUAACUUGAAGGCCUAUAAGUUUUUACCUGCGGAUGAAGCAGCUGCAAACCAAGAAGAUCUGAUUCUAUGGCCACCAGUGGUGAUAAUUCAUAAUACAAUAACAGGAAAGGGUAAGGAUGGGCGCAUGGAAGGUUUGGGAAACAAAGCAAUGGAUAACAAAAUAAGAGGUAUAAUGUGCCCCUUUUUCUUUAUUGGUAUUAAUGAUCUGCAUAUCAGUUGGCAUUUGCUUUUGGAAACCUUCUCCAUCUCCUUGUAUGUUCCUCAUAGGUUGUAAAUUUUGUCUCAAUGAUGCAUAUACUCCUUUUCCAGUUUGGUAUAACAUAGGUUUUGUUGAUAGGAGACCAUUGUGAUAUCCUAUUAACCUUUGGAUGACUCUGAGAGGAAAGUUCUAGGCAAAUAACUGUUUUAACACAAGGAUAACUGAGGACAGUGAGCAUGACACUUGUGAUGUUAGGACUGCUUUAUAUUCUCUACGUGUAUGUGCUGUUAAAGAGGGUUUGUGUGUGUGUGUGUGUUGGGCAUAAGACAGCUUCACCGUGGGAUUUUGUACUUAUAAUUUAUAUUCCUGUUGUGUUGCUCUAUAGUAGCCUCAUCUAUUGCAGAUGAACCAUUAAUUAGGCGUUUAAGCUAUAUUAUGAUUGGCAAUUGAGGAUUUGAGGAAUCCUGCUGAUCAGAAGCUUAGUUUAUUUAAGUUAAAAAUGAGUUGUUGUAAGUUCCAAGUUUGAAAGUUCUCUAGUUUCAUCCAGGAAAAGGACUUAACUCCUAAGAAAUACUUGUUUGUAGUAUUAUCUUGUAUUCUAAACUUUUGUGCCGUUACUAGUAAUUUUGUCCACAUCUUGUGUUGUUUCUUCACAAAAUUUUUCAAUUGUUGAUGGUUGAGUACCUUUAUCUGGUAGUGGUUAGAUUAGCAGCUUUGUGCAGCUCCUUGUUUUUGAUCUCUAAUUUAUUUAGCAUUUAUCCUUGUUAUCUUGACAAAUUACUGUCUCAAUUGCUCUCAAAUAAUUGGUGUAUCUCUUU